AAGGGACGCCCUUCAUCCUUCCCUGCUGCGUUUUUGGUAUUUGGGAAUGAAGAAUGCUAGUAGUGCAUCAUCAUCCCUAACCAUCCGUUCACCCGCGCGUCUCCGGCUGGUGGAGGCGGAUGGUGUGCUGUGAGCCUGUUUGUUUGCGUUCUUAUGUGUGUGCUAUUGUCGCUGCUGCUCUGCUCUAAGAGUUUUCCCUAAUCUUUUCCAUCUCGGAAACAUCUUCGGAAGAGACGGCACACAAUCGAGUUCCGGUUAAGUGUAGGAAAGGAUUACUUGCAUUUGCCUCGUGGUGGGGGGUGGAAACAUAUGAUCCUUGAUGGCAAAAAUAACGCAAAUGUGAAUCCACGAAGACGAACAACAGCCGGAAAGAAGCUUUUAUUGUGAGGCCCCGUUGGUUGGUGAAGUUGGUGCGAGCGUUCCAGUUGGCGUCUGAAGUGAUUGAGAUAAUUGGAGCUGUGCAGAGCUUGUGUGCUCCCCCCUCCCAGGAGAAUUCAUGUGUGAGUAGAAAAUGUACAAAUUUAGUGCGAAAUGAUAAGGCGCUGUCAAGUGGAAAAUUAAGCGAGGAUGAUAUGGUGAAAAUUUAUGACCAUCCUCGAGUCGUUCGGUGUCGUUGUCAUCGCCGGUGCGGUGCGGUGUAAUGCUCAGUGGUGUGAGUCACAUAUCCGUUUGAUGAUGGAAAGUUUGUUCCGUUGAUGUGGUUGAAAGUUUGCGGAACUAUGUGAAAUUAAUUACUGCACAUUAUUUGGGCUCCAGUGUGUUUUGCGGCUUUUCGAGAGGAAAGUCACCCGAAAUCCGAAGGAACAUCCGUAGGCCGAACGUUGAAAUGCGUCAAAGUUGGCGGUUGGCUGAAGAGGAACAUUCCGAGAGGAGGAUAACCGCCGAAGCGUCAUCACUUCCUGUAACCCUAAAUCGGCAGCGCCAUCUACAUACACACAUGCCGGAUGAGUGUUUCUAAUCAGGAAAAUGCAGCAACCUUCUGUGAUCGGCCCCGUCGUUCGUGGGACGGUAAACAGUGCUGCCAUCUGCUACCGCUACUGGAAGAGCCGCUCGUUCGUAUUUAUGCUAAUGAUGGUGAUGUCAGAGUGCUAAAUUUAUAACAAUUAAAGCAAGAUUAUCGUUCGGUUGGUUGCCUCCGGGUGCGAUUUUUGUGAUGGUGCCAAAAUGUUCCUUCUGAUGGAAAGUGAUUUCGGUACGGAAGGUUAGGUUAUGGCGCAGGUGAUAACAAGCAUGCGUCUAAAAAGUGAUUUUAUUCAAGCGUAACCAUGAUAUUGAUAGGCAUUUGAUGACGUUCAAGUACAUCGUUCACUAGUAAGCGGUCGUGAAAAAGAAAAUUGUAGAUUCUUUCGUUAUCUUUUUCGAGAAAGUGAGAGUGCGCCCCGCGAGAAAGGUGAAUUCAUUCGGCGCCUGUGUGCGUGGCAGUAGCGGUGUCUCGUCUGGUGGAUCCUCCCAGCUCGGGACCAAUCCUGCUGCUGCCUACGCCUCCACUGACCCGUCACCUCCCAAAGUAGCACCAUCGGUUCCUUCGUCGGCUGUCACCGGUAACGCAGCCACCAGCACCGGCACCACUAUGGAAGAUGUACCGCCACCACCCCGCAAGAGUUCUCUCAGCAUCGAUCGGGCAGCGUUCCUCCUGCUGCGGGUCAAGAAAGCCUUCAAGAAGAAACGCCAGCAACGGAAGGAUAAACUAACACUUCAGAACAUCAACGAGCCCGGCGCUGGAACACGUUCCCUGUACGGUUCCCGUCCCACGGAAAAGAAAGCCCGCCUCUCCCGUUCCCUAACGCUUCCUGUUCUGUUCAACUUUCCCGGCGCCAAUGCCUUCGUCGGUCGACUUCAGCAGCAACCGCAGCCGCUGGAGGCCUUCAAAACUUCCUCCAACAACUUCCUGUACGAGUCGAAAAUCGCCGCUGGCUCCAGCACUACCCCAGUUAGCGCCAACAGUCCCAAGAUUCUACUUACCGCGGAUGACACUUCGUUCGACUAUCGGCGCAAGUCAUCCGGUGGAAGUUUGUUCACGCCCAGCGGUGGAGCUCCUUCGGUAGCACCGGCUGAACCGCACAUUUACGAUUUCGACGAGAAGCGCUCCAGUGGGGAUGGUUCGGUUGUGAUAAGCGUUACUUCACCGACUGCCUACCAGAUCCCGACGUCCAAAUCGCUAGGACUGAACAGCUUCAACUUUGUGAACCUUCAGAAUGCAGCCAACACGGCACCGUCGAGUGCCUAUAACAGCAGUAACUUCAAUACCGGUAAUAGCAGCCUAAUAGGUAGUGGUAACAGUAGCACUAGUUUUAGCAGUAGUAUCAAACGGGGUAGCGACGCAACGGCGUACGGCUCGUCCGCAUCCGCACAGCUCAUUAGCAAUAGUACCAACAAUGCCAUCUACCGGCUGGCCCGGAUCAUCAAUCAGACAACGAAAUCGCCGACCUCGCCGGGAAUGGGCGGAACCGGACCGCAAGGCCCUGGACUGCUACACCACCAGGCCAACGAUGACUCGGCGCGGAGGCUAUCCUGGGAAAGGCGCGACAAGGACAGCAAGCGCAUUCCUCGCUCGUCCAGCAUCGACUCGAUGGUGGACGCCGUUUGGAGCGAGUUUCCGUCGUCAGCUCCCGGCAGUGCGCGCAAUUCGGUAUCGAACCAGUCGUCCCAGUCAACGUCGAAUGUUCCCUCGAGCCUGAAUAUUUUUCUCAGUUCGAACCGACGGGAGAGUAUGCUCAGCCCAUCGUCCAACCGGCGGUCCAAGCAUCAGCGGGGAAUUUCCGAAAUCAGUCUUCCGGAUUUGGUGACCCGUUCCCUGUCCAGCGUCGGUCUCCCGGACCUCAGCGUCAUUUGUCCACCUGCCAUCCGGCCAGGGUCCGCCUCACCGCGAAGCAACAGCCAGCGGAGUUCAUCUCCGAAGAAGAAGAAUGGCUCUUCGCUAGACAUUGCAACGAUCGAAUCGCCACCGCAUUCACCAUCGCCUUCGGUCCUCACCGCACCGGUCCUGUACUUCGAGCAUGAACGGUUACAAAUCGUGAGCCUGGACCGAAUGACCAGCGCCAGUUCACCGAAUCUCAGCUCGGUUCAAGCGAAAAAGAUGGAAUACCUGCUGCCACACCAGCAGCACCCACCUGGAUCUCAGCCGCCAGCUCCACCCUCCAAGCGGCAAUUCUCGCCCAAAAUUAUUAAGAAAACGCGCCACCUCUCGACCAGUUCCGCCGAUGGUGAAACUGACAGCAGUCCCAAAUCUACCCUGAACCUGCGGGUCGCCAGCCUGAUCGAGACGAACAAUAACAAAAACUUCACCAACGGCAAUGGAAUCGACGUCCUGGCCACGACCGGUAAACCGGAAGCAACCAACACCCACAAUCAUCACCACCCUGGCCCGUACUGGAAGCACAAAAUCACCAAAAAGCAAAGCAAAAUGGCCCAGGCCCAGCUGGACAAAUUGACACAAAUUAAUAUUCAUUUGCACGCCCUUUUUGCCGCGGUCGAACACGGUCACCUGGAGAAGGCCCGUACGAUCCUCGAAAGUACGGACGUCGAUGUCAACAGCCUAAACAGCGAUGGCCUGUCGCCACUGGACGUUGCCGUACUGAGCAACAACCGCCCGAUGACGAAGAUGCUCCUGCAGCAAGGUGCCAUCGAGAAUGCCCACACCAUUCAAGCGGCCAACAACAACGUAGGAUUGCAUCUGAACAACUUGCUCUGCGAAGCGGAAGCCACCAUCCACGAGUUGGGGAAUUUCGAUGCGGCACAGCAGAAUCAACCGGGUGGAGGUGCUCCCGGUGGAGGCAGUGGGAAAUCGUCCUUUACCAACAUUAUCGGAAGCGGUGGUCCCUCGGUGACGAGCUGCACCGGUAGCGAAAUCGACAAACAGGUCGGCCUGUGGGAACGGCGCGUCAAGGGCCUCCGGCGGAUGAUACUGGGCUGGGACCAAACGAAACCACCCGACCUGCCCAACCGGAUAGACAUCGACGUGGCCGGGUGUACCUCGGUCAGUUUGCGGUUAUACGAACCCCUCGAAGGUGCCAUAUCAUCCAAAUUCAAAGUGCAAUGGUCUUCCCGAUCGGACUUUAGCAACGUGGUCGGGGAGCGAGAGGUCAACGAGUGGACGAGCAUCCACGGGUGCAUGGGCGCCGUGUGCAAUCUAAGCGAACUCAUUCAAGGGCGGAGGUACUUCUUCCGGGCUUGCGCUGGUAACAUCAAAGGCUGGGGACCGUACAAACUGUCCACACCGAACUGUGUAGUGCCAUCUAGCUGGCGCGAUGUGGAAAGCCGUGAAAACCGAUUCGUCGGCAAACAACGCAAUCUGGACGACCUGUUCAAUGCGGUACGGUUGGCACGACCCGAGGAUGCCUCCGAAAUUGCCAUGGAUGCGACGGCCCCGGCCAAACGAGCCAUCAAAAAGAAAACCACCAUCAAGCAGCUCUUUUCGGCGGCGUCCAAAUUUCAGAAAAAUCUCAAACGGGGCAUCUAUCUGGCGUGUGUGUUGUACCACGAGGACAAGCUGCUGCUAACCAACGAGGACUUUGUACCGGUGAUAGAGAUUGACGAGACGUUUACCAGCAACCUGCACACCGACUUCUACUGGCUGAUGAAGGUUGCCUGCACGUGGGACGACGUGAAGCUGCUGCGGAUGGACAUGGAACGGAAUGCCUCGUCGGCGAUUCACUUCCGGACCAAGCUGCUGUCGGCGGCUUGUCAGAUGCAGUCCGCCCUCUCCAUUACGGAUCUAGGUCAAUUAUACUACAAACCGCUGCGAGACUUGCACGGUACGGUGGUGCUAUCCUGUGUUAACUGCAUAAAGAGUCCGAAGAGUGUAUCAGUAUUAAAUUCCCGCUGGAUACCGCUGAAUAAAAUCCACAAGAAACUAGCCCUCUCCACCGAGGACAGCAACAUCAACGAACUGUUAAUGAACUCCAUUCAGGAUCAGAUCAACUACCAUCAGGUGUCCAAUAUACGGCUUCCCCGCGGUCUGUAUGUCGGCUACCUAAAGAUGCAGAGCUCGGUGGACGUGAUUCAGGUGGUCGUGCCGGUGAAGGCACCCAACGUCCUACCGCACUGCAAGAUUCGAGACAAUCCCCACGUGUCGGCCGAAGAAUGGGAGCUCAUCAAACAGCACAAGGCGCCCAGCAUCCUGGAGUUCCGGCCGAAGAACCAAGGACCCACGGAGGUGCAGCUACACUUUCUGGAAAUUCUCACCAAAGCGGUACACAAUCUGUUCCAGUACAUGGACAUCCCGGUGGACGUAGCGGUGGCCCAUCGCCUGUACGAUGUCGAAGUCAUCGAGCUGAACAACGACGUUAGUUUUCUGAUCAUCUGUCCUCCGGCGGAGAGUAGCUGCGCUGUACCCGGCCAGAAGGACAUACUUCUGCAGCGGGGAGAUCUGUUUUCGAUGCCGAUACAGGCUUUCGAAAUGAUCCACCUCAAGACGUACCAGAUCAGCAUCGUUCAGAAGUACUCACGGUUGUCGUGCAUCCUGGAGUUGGACACGAUGAUGGCCAACCAUCUCCACAGAGAAGCAUUCAGCACUUCAGAGUUGCAGAAGGCUAAGGAUCGGUUAGCGAAACUUCAGGAUUUGUCCUCUGGGUUAAAUACGGUCUGGAAAGGGGUUCGCUGGUUGAUGGAUGUUAUUGGCUACGCUAGGGACCGGGCCAAUAUGCCGGAGUUGAAUAUGAAGCAAAUUUUGGAUUACAAGAGUACGUACUUUGGUAAGAAGAGCAGUUCUGAAAAGAAGGGUGGAAGCGAGGCGCAGCUGUUGCAGCCACCCACCAACCCACCGGUGUUUCAUAAAAGCAGUCCCGGGCGAGGUUCAUGGCCUGGACCAGCUGUUGAAUAUCCACUGGGUCAUAAUGGUCUUUUGGACGCGGAGCAUUCCAAAUCCGAGCAACUGCUAAAGUACAAUAGUCAGCGAUUCCUAAACGUAAGCAAUAUGAACUCCCGGAAGAAUAGUGCCGAUUCGGCUUACUCCAAUUCCGGCAAUAGUUACUACUCGGUGACGGAAGUUGAACCGGAAAAGGAGUUCGUUAUACCAAGGUUACCACCAUCUCGAUCGGAGGAUACUCUGGUUGAUAAGAAAAAAGCAUCUGAACAGGCAAGUGGGAAUAAGAAACGGCCACCGACGAUGUACUCUAGCUACUCGGCAACAUCCAGCCCACUGUUGAGUGUUCGGUCGCCUUUCGUAGCAACAAUAGCCACCGUAACGAAGGCAUCAAGUGGAGAAGACUCCGAAAAUCGCACCGCAAAUCCACCCCCACUGAAAGUGAUCAGCAAGAAACCUCGCGAGCAAGCCCUGAAGACGCUCAACCAAAUUGAGCCGGACUAUGAACCGAUCGUUACAACGUACCUAAAGCCAACCCUGACGGCCCUGCAGAACGAAGCGAAAGGUUACCAAACAGCUCUGCAUAUCGCUGAAGAGCCACCAAAUCUGCUCCAACAGCUGCCACCGGAUGUGCUGGAUCAUCGAACCAUGGCGGAAGCCACUACCGUACCAGAUCUUGCUCAAUCAUCUCAGCGGCGACAACCCGUCGCCACGGAACCAGCAACCGAGUCGAACCCAACGGAACCUUCCGCCCCGCUGACCACCAGUAUCGUGCAGGUGUAUGCCGCCUACGAAACGGGACUUCCGAGCGGAACAUCGCUCAAGCUACGAGUGACCCAGAAAACUACGGCUCGCGAAGUGAUCGACCUGGUCGUCAAACAGCUCAACAUGGCAGUGGUGCUGAAGGGUAAGGAUGGACCGAUCUACGCGGCUGACAAGCUGGACAAUUUUUGCCUGGUGGCGGUCAUCGGCGCACGGGAACGCUGCUUGCGGGAUGACUUCCGCCCGCUCCAGCUGCAGAACCCCUGGAAGAAGGGUCGGCUCUACGUGCGGCAGAAACAUGAUCUCCUAGCGGCAAUCGAACAUUCCAACCGGGAUACGGCUGAAAUAUAGUGAUAGAACGCUGCGUGUGUGAUUGUGUGAGUGCGAGUUUCCAGAUUUUUAAUGUGUGUGUAUGUGUGUGUGUUUGUAUGUAGAUUAGAUUAGACCAGGCAGUUCGAUAUGUAGAAUAAUUAAAACGAAACAGAAAAAUGAAAGACACCGAUGUGAUAGAACCUUUUUUGAAAACCAACAAAUUUGGUUACGCCGAAGGGCUCUCUAUUUUAGAAAUUGGCCGCAAAUUUCGUAGGAAAUGUGGUUCCCCUUGAGGGCGCAUCUAAUUUUAGGUAAUUUAUGCUAAAAGAAAUAGAUUUAGAAAAUUGAGUUCAAAGUGAAAAUUUUGAUUUCCGACGAAUUAUCCACCAUUCAUGAAACAAUUAUGCUAGGGGGAAAAAGUGAAUACCUACUAUUAGUCAUUGCGAGAGGUUUUAAAAUUACGGUUAGACAACUGAAUCUAUGUGUGGUGGAGAAGACAUCAAAAAUACCAAAUAACGGAACAGCAGAAAUCGACUUUUAAUCGUAGCUGUACUUUUGAUUAUUGAUAGUAGAAAAAAAACAG